AUGGCAGAGACACAGUCCGCAAAGCAUAGGGACGCACUGUGCCUUUUUGAUGUGGAUGGAACGUUAACCCCUGCCAGAAAGAAAGUGGACCCUGAGGUGGAUAUAUUUUUACAGAAGCUCCGGCAAAGAGUAAAGAUUGGAGUUGUGGGAGGCUCUGAUUAUUCAAAGAUUGCAGAACAGCUCGGAGAAGGUGAUCAAGUGGUUCACAAAUUUGAUUACGUGUUUGCAGAGAAUGGUACGGUUCAGUACAAAGAUGGUCAGCUGCUUUCAAGACAGGCCAUACAAAAUCACCUGGGGGAAGAACUACUUCAAGAUCUUAUUAACUUCUGUCUGAGUUACAUUGCAAUGCUCAAACUGCCUAAGAAACGAGGAACAUUCAUUGAGUUUCGCAAUGGAAUGUUGAACAUCUCGCCUAUUGGCCGUAGCUGCAAUCAAGAGGAGAGGAUAGAAUUUUCUGAGUUGGAUAAAAAAGAAAAAAUCAGAGAAAAAUUUGUUGCAGCUCUACAGAAUGAGUUUGCAGGCAAAGGAUUGAGGUUUACAAGGGGUGGCAUGAUCAGCUUUGAUGUUUUCCCUGAAGGAUGGGACAAACGCUGCUGUCUGGAUAUUCUUGAUGAGGAACAGUUUAGCACUAUUCACUUCUUUGGAAAUGAGACAUCACCUGGGGGUAAUGACUAUGAAAUCUAUGCAGAUCCUCGUACGGUGGGACAUACAGUGACAUCCCCUCAGGACACUGUACGGCGAUGUCGGCAACUCUUUUUCCCUGAAAGAGACAACGAAGUUUGA